AUGGCUUCUUCAUUUCGUUAUUCGACGGCUUUUCUUGGUACAUUAACUGCGAUCUUAUAUUAUCGCUAUAUUAUUGUACCACUCAUACUUGUAUUACGAAUUGUUGAUGCGGUAACAUGUCCAUCUGAAUCAUCCGGUUCUGGUGUUAUCGGUAGUAGCAGUAGUAGUAGUGGCUUGAAUAAACCGGCAGCGAUCACAAAACGGAAAGUAUGUCCAGAUUUUAAGAAUAAUGAAGAUGAAAAAUAUUGCUGUCCAUCUCAUAUUAUUCCCGGAAGUUACUAUUGCUGCUCCCAGGAACAUCUCUAUAAAAUUGAAGCCGAGCAGGCAGCCGAAAUUAGGCGACAGUUCAUCAAGAACUACCUCGCUGUAAUUAUAGUUGGCGUAAUUGGUGCACUCAUACUGUUGACGGUAAUGACGAUGUGCCUUUGUAAAAAUCUUUCAUUUUGUCCUAUGAAUGCUGCCAAAUCAACAUGCUCAACAGCACAGGGAAUACAGCAGCGUUACCGUCCUGUAGAUACGUUAUCCACGAAACCGGUCACUUAUGAAGCUCCACCACCAUAUGAAAGUUCGCUAGAUGAAGAUCCACAACGAAGAAAUGAUUGGCAUUGUUUAUUGGAAAAUCAAGUUAACGAUACAAGGCAAGACGGGGCAAUAUUUCAGUGA